GUCGGACGUAUUUUGAAACGUACAAAGAGGACAUGCGCAGUAGGACUAUAAACGAAGCCGUUGUUUGUUGGCUUUCAGUUUAAUAUCAGUCAGGGCUUGCAACGUUUACAGUCCUUUUUUUCAUAUUAAAGCAGCUCAGCUAAACAAUAAAGUUUGUCCUUGUUGUCUUCCACUGUAGCCGCUGCUAGCUUUCUCCGUGCAGCAUGUUUGCCUCCCAAACCUCGUCCUUCCAAGAUUCAAUCGACGUGGAGGAGAGAGAUGACUUUGACAGCGAAGAAAUAGCUGGAUACAGCCAGAAGAUUCAGCUGAACUGCUACUACACCAUCUAUCUUUAUCAAGGCACAAGCCUCACACUAAUUGACAGCAGCUUGCCAUCAGAGGCAGAGCCAGAGCUGCGGACCUACAUUUCAAGGAGGCUGAGCAAAGGAGCCCUGCUUGGAGGCAUGGGCAACAUUGCCACUGUGGAACUCAGUAUUCCAGAGCAGGCCGUCGGCUGCUACUGCUGCCUCCUGGAGCAGGAACGGUCUCCCGAACAGCCGGAUUCCGAUGGAAAUGGAUAUGUCAUCUGCUUUAUGGGAGGGUCUGAAAAAGGACUGAAUUUAUUCAGAUUAGAGCUCGAUAAGUACGUCCAAGGCCUGCACAGCAGCCUGCAAACCCCAGAGCUGCAGAACCUUGAGACGGAGGUGCGCCCCUAUCUGAGUCAGUGGUACGAGGAGUCUGUGAUGCACAUUCAUCGAGUGGUGCAGCUGGUCCAGAGCAACAUCAGCUUCCUGCUCCACGCUGCUCUGAGUCACACACAUGUCGAGGUCAUCAAUUCAGAUGAGAGGACGAAGGCUGACGUUUCCAGGUUCAUCAAAGCAGCCAGUUUGCAGGGACUUUCCCAGCAAGACACCACGACCGCUUCUCUGUGCAAGGCCAUCUCAGAGGACGCACAGUCUGCCCUGAUUAUAGACUGCUCCACCAGCCCACCCACACUCACAAAAACUGGUAACUCACACACUGUGACAUGUAUUUUUUUUUCCAUCCUCGCCUCUUCCCUUUUUGUAAAACCCACUACUUUGUCUCUCCCCCUGCAGGCCAUCCAGGACAUGAACAGCUUGAAGCGCUUUGUGCGGCAGGCAGAGAUGAGUCACUACGCGCUAUUUCGCUGCUGCCAGUUCCUGCAGGGCUGCGGAAACGGGGACGUGCUCCUGCAGAACGCCCGGGCCGAGCACAGCGACCUGCCCGAAGCCUGCAGCAUCAUCACGGUCCUGGAGGAGUUCCUCAGGGAACAAUCCCAGGCCCAAGCGUGAUCCCCGACCGACGUGCACUACCAGCAAACCUCACACUACAAUCUAAAAUAUCAGAUAUCCUGAGAGAAUCACAGCUGUCGAGGCUGCUGCGUAAUAAAAUGUGUAAGUUAUAAAACUGUUUUGGAGACUGGUGGUCAGACUUGGAAUAUACUGUACUGUAAAGCAGUGACAGAUUUAGUAGCAUCACUGUAUUAACAAUGACAACUAUUAACGCCAGCUGUAAUUCACAAAUUAUAACUUUCUAAGGACAUUACCUCAGUGAAGAGAAGUACAAAUUGAAGAAAAACAGAUUGUUUAAACUGCAGUUGUUGAGUGGGUAGUGCAGCUUGUGUUGUGUAUCACGAUACUAUGAACCAAAUAUUAUUUCUGGUAUUUUUGCUAACUGACAAAGAUGACAACAGGGCGUAGCGUGUGGCUUAUUUAAUUCUAUUCUUAUCAAUUCAUUAAUAUUUAGAAUUUAUUUUGAUUGUGAGGGGAAAAAAUUACUGCGACUGCACAAAUCACUUUUUACGCAUUGCUUGUUACAUACGUGCGCCUUGUUUUUGCUUGUAUUUCAACACAAUAUAUGCACUACUAAAUUAUUUUAAUGAGUAAGGAUCCUGUGUGUGUACCAACUGUAUGUUUAGUCUUACUCUGGUAACGGAAAGAAAAUUGUCGUAUUUGUAAUGUGUGAAUAUUUUUGUUUACAUUCAGUAUCACAGCCUUCAUCAGCUCACAGGCACCACGUGAUCGCUCGCUACAUCACUAAACUGAGUGCGUGGCGUUUAAAGAGUUUCCCACAAAAUAAAUGAAAUAAGAGAUUAAAAAUACAGAUUUGACAACAAGCUCAUAGUAGACUUUUACUUUCUUUCCUUCUUUUAAAGUGUUUUAGCAUUAAGCUCAGAUCAUUCCCAUUAAAUCAAGUCCAAAGUGUGUAAUACAGCAAUAUCAGUAAAGUAUAAUGGUGUAUACUUUUAAACUGUGAACCAAGUUUGACAUGUAAAAUGAAUUGUUUUUACUUUUGUGAAACAUAGUGUGACUGACCCUGCAGUUCUUUGUGUGUACACAUUUCUGUACAGCAUGUUUUCUCUACCUAUAAAUAUGUGUUUGUGGUUCUCUGGUCUUGUAUAGAAGGAGUAAAUAAAUACCACAGUUGAA